AUGAACCGAGCGGCCACAUCCAUCACCAUCACUGACCCCUUUGUCAAGUACACGUCCCUGAUAGCUACAGGUGCUUACAGCCCUGAUGCGGCACAGUACCGUCUCGCACACCACCUCCAAAAGAUAUACACAAGACUCAAAGACUACAAACCCACCCACGAGUAUCGAAGCAGGCUGGGCCAGAUUGCCAGAGCCAUUGAUCCUGUCACCACGAGUGCACAUGGAGGAGACGAUAUAGCGUCUCCCACCCAUCCCAUUCGUCGGAAUCCUCUCUUUUCCAAACUUUUUCAGCGAGACGACAGCAAAGACAGUCUUGCCCUGACAAGAACACUCACUGACCAGCAAGCCGCUCUCCAUGUAAACUCUCCCAAAGGGCUUUUUCUGUCGGGCGAGGUGGGCACAGGCAAAUCGAUGUUGCUCGAUCUCUUGGCCGAGGGUCUUCCUACACAAGGGAAGAAGAGGUGGCAUUAUAACACAUUCAUGCUUCACGCCUUUUCACGGCUGGAAGAAUUCCGAAAGUCGCACUCCAAGGUCUUGUCAACACACGGCGCAGAGUACUCGCUGCUGUGGAUAGCAAAGGAAAUGGUUGAGCAGUCUCCCAUUCUCUUUCUUGAUGAGUUUCAGCUCCCUGAUCGAGCCGCCAGCAAGAUCAUGAACAAUCUUUUCAUUGCCUUUUUCCAGUUGGGUGGUGUUCUCAUUGCUUCGUCCAACAGAAUGCCCGAGGAGCUUGAGAAAGCCACGGGUGGUUACUACUCGCCACCAACCACCGGUGGACUUGUGGAAAGGGUACUAGGGUAUGGCAAGAGUCAGUAUGGCGAGCUGUUUGGGAAGACGAGUGAUUUUGCCAGCUUUCUGGAAGUUCUGAAGGCUCGAUGUGACUUCUGGCACAUGGAGGGCACGCGGGACUGGCGGAGAAGGGAAAGCCAUGGCAGUGCUACUCUCCCUGUUGCGGAGUCAUCUGGUACUUUGCAUGCCGAGAGUUGGCCAGCAAGAACAGCCGUCAGUACUGCUGAGCAUGGCCAUGAAGAGGUCGAAAGCAACUCUUCGGCACAGGCACCAGCGAUGUAUUUCCUACCAUCUCAAAAUCAGGAAACAUGGCAAACCAUUUACUCAGACACUGGGGAUUGGGAGCCAUACUCUCACAUAGUGUAUGGGAGGAAGGUAACUGCUCCCAGACAGCGACACGGAGUGGCGUGCUGGAGUUUUGAUGAACUCGUGAGAUCUCUAGGUCCCGCAGAUUACAUCAGUCUGGCGUCCAACUACCACACCUUCAUCAUUGAUAAGAUUCCUGGUUUGGACUUUUCCAUGAAGAACGAGGCCAGAAGCUUCAUCACCUUUUUGGACGCCCUGUACGAGUCACGCUGCAAGCUCAUUGUUCGUGCUGAGGUCGGCCCUGAUGACUUGUUCUUCCCGGAGAUGAGGGCGUCGGGUAGAACAACGGACGGAACUGGGACCACUCCGGCCCAAGUUGAGGUUGUCGAUGAUGCUACCUAUUCCGAGACCAUUGCAGAGGUUUUCCAAGAUCAAAUGUCCCCCUUCCGGCCCAACAUCUCUACUUAUGCCGACUCCAGAAAUGCCAAAUAUGAUCCGGAUCAGGACUCGGAUUUUGGCAAGGAACAGGAGAGCAAGAUUGACUUUACCAAAACCGGGGGUUUCACCGGUGAAGACGAAAGAUUCGCGUACAAGAGAGCCACGAGUAGACUUUGGGAGCUAUGCAGCGGGCAGUGGCAUGCUCGGGAAGGGGAUUGGUGGCGCCCUUUGGCGAGGGAGGCUAGGCACUGGGAAGGCAAAGAGGUAUCGAAGCCUAUGCCUUCACCCCUUAUUAACUCACCCAAGAGCGAGAUUACCAUGGGUGAGCCUGUAGAGUUGGAUGAGACUGCUGGCCUGGAGAGGCAUAGAGUUCAAAGCUUGAAGGAGGGCGAACGCCACACGACCUAA